AUGGCGGAGGCUAACAUACCUGAUCUAGUCCGCCCAGAACUCAGCAGGCAUUCAGACCCUCCUCGAUGCCGAGAGAGAGGCUCAGAAGAUUGUACAGCAAGCCAGAGAAUACAACAGAAGGAGGAGGAAUUCAAGAAGUUCGAGGCUGAGCACUCGAGUGGGUACAAGAAGGCCGAGGAGGAUGCCAACAAAGAGGCCGAGGUCAAACUUCAAGAUAUUCAAACUGCGGGGAAGGAGAAGGGCAACAAGGUUGUUGAAGACCUGAUCAAUGCAGUCAUUGAUGUGAAUCCUCAGGCGUCAGACAAGAUAAAGGCAUAG